UAGAGCUCCAUGUUGUGAUAAAGCAAACGUGAAAAGAGGACCAUGGUCUCCCGAAGAAGAUGCUACUCUUACACGAUACCUUGAGGCUCAUGGCACUGGUGGCAACUGGAUUGCCUUGCCACACAAAGCUGUGUUUGAAAGGAAAAAAAGAAGAAGCAGAAAAUGCCCCUAUCGUUCAAAUGAGAGUUCGUGUUUAUGUUCAGAUUAUUGUUCAUGUUCUCUGCAAUUGUUUCAGUUUUCCUUAUGGCCUGCAUGUUUUUUCUUUUUUCUUUUUUUACUGACAAGAAUAAGCUGAAAUGGCCGCAGAACCUUGUAGCUAAACUUCCACCAUUUUUAGGCAUUAACGAGCUGUUUGUUUUGCUUUUUUUCUUUUUCAGUUUUCUUUCACUAUCAUAUAUUCCAAUUAAUUACGUACUAUAAUUACUUUGACAAAUCCGUGUACUUACAUUUUUGACUGGGUAUAAGAUUUUUUUAUUUUCUUUUAUUCCUUACUGGUGAUCCUGUUCCAGUACUGGUUACUUUAUGUGUCCGUGCAUUAUGAGAGCUGCAGCUUUUCUCAGAAGAAAAGAAAAACCCUCCGUUUUAAAUGACUUUGACAGUGUUGAUUUUGCGUUAUUUUUAUGCCUUUCUUGGCCUUAAACGAUGCGGCAAGAGUUGCCGUUUGCGGUGGCUUAACUAUCUCAGGCCAGAUAUCAAACAUGGAGGUUUUACUGAGGAGGAAGACAAAAUCAUCUUCACUCUUUAUGGUCAAAUGGGAAGCAGAUGGUCUCUCAUAGCAUCUCACCUACCUGGAAGAACAGAUAAUGAUGUGAAGAAUUAUUGGAAUACAAAGUUAAAGAAGAAGCUAUUUGGCGGGAAAACAGGCCUAGAAAACCAGAAGAAUAGCAGUAACAUUACUGCUUCUGCUAAUUACAGCCAUAAUCCAAAUCCAAUUACUACUGAUCCUAAUUGCUUAACAUCUUCCUCACUGCCCAGUGUCCAAAAAACUGAAACCAACUUCAGCCUCACCUUUUGGGAUUCACUAACUCAAAGUUCAGUAACAUUGCCUAUGUUAUCUGAUAUUCAUGAUACAGGUUAUGAGUCCAUUGUCAGUAGUACUAAUACUCAAAGCUUGGAUUUAGACAAUCCAGUUCAUUUUUCUUUGCCUGGAAUCUUGGAUAUGUCUGAACUGGGUGGUAAUUUCAUAAAUAGUCAUAUUGUUUCUCCAUCUCAAGAAGGUUCAAGCAUUUCGGAUUCAUCGUCAAUUGCUAUGGAUAACAAGUGCACUGCGAACAUCUCAUUGCCAAGUAAUAAUGCUGGUUUUGAAGAUGCUGCUGCAGCUGGUGUGUUAAUGGAUUCAGGAUUCAGUUUUCCUAUUGACCCUGUCAAUUUUAAUGGUCUUCUGUUUCAAGACAAAGGAAGUCACCAAGUUGCUUCUUCAACUUACUACCCAGACUUGGAUGACUAUGGCUAUGCGGCUGCUGAGACUAAGCAACAAGGACAGAACCAAAGUGUUAUUAACCAAUACUGAACAAUGUACAUAUAUAUAUAUAUAUAUAUAUAUGCGUGAACUAGAACUCCAAAGGGUUGUGAUGAUGAUGACAUGUAUGACUUUCAAGUAACUGACCAACUAUAGCUUAGUAUGAUUUUAGGCAAAAUUAAUUAGGAUUUGUUCUCUGCUAUCUAUAUAAUUAAGUCCUUUUGUACCUUUGUUCUCUGUAGCAAGCUGAUAGGAAGGAACAUCCUUAAUGAGGAUUGUCAUGAAUAAAGAAGUAGUCUCUCUUUAAAAUAGAAGAUUUCUAUUAAAAAGAUGUAUUAUGGUUAAUAUUUA